CACACCCUAAAAUAAUUGAUUCGAGGGCUCAUAUCUGCAUAACCCUAAACCCUAAUCCCUCUCUUUUCUCAGUCACGACCUAAUCUGAUUCAAGCAUAAGCAUCGGCGACGACGACUAUCCGGAUCUCAUCACCCCCAACACUUAUUUACUGGACCAAAGAAGGCCGAAAAAGUAAGAUUCGGGAGCACACUCGCCAAGAACUACAAUGGCCGACACGAUCUCGGACUCCUUGGUGAUCGACGACUCGAAGAAAGUGAACAAGUUCCUCGAGGAUUCCAAUAUCAAAGCCGUCACGACCGGCGAUAUAUUGUAUUCGUCUGCAAAGAAGUUCGAGGACUUGAAUCUCUCGCCAGAAUUGCUGAAGGGUUUAUAUGUGGGGAUGCAGUUCGAGAGGCCAAGCAAGAUCCAAGCCUUCAGUCUGCCGAUGAUUCUCACCCCGCCUUACAAGAACCUGUUCGCUCAGGCACACAAUGGUUCUGGUAAAACCACUUGUUUCGUGCUCGGCAUGCUCAGCCGUGUAGAUACGAAGCUUAAUGCUCUCCAGGCGCUUUGCAUAUGCCCUACCAGAGAAUUGGCCAUUCAGGUUUGGAAUAUAUAUACAAACAUGAAAGUUCUUCAGAAGAUGGGAAAGAUCACAGGAAUUACUGCCAAAUGUGCUGUGCCAAUGGAUAGCACUAAUUAUAUUACAGUUAAGAAGCGCCUACCAGUGACGGAGCAAGUGGUGAUUGGCACGCCUGGAACUAUAAAUAAAUGGGUGGAGGCAAAAAAAUUGGGCAUGAGUUAUAUGAAGAUUCUUGUUUUUGAUGAGGCUGACCACAUGUUGGCUGAGACUGGCUUUAAGGAUGACUCCUUGAGGAUUAUGAAGGCGAUUGUUAAAUGCAAUUCUGACUGCCAGGUGCUUUUGUUUUCUGCAACUUUUGAUGAUGCUGUCAGGAAUUUUGUAUCAAAAAUUGUUAAAGAUCUCUUCAAGAAUGAUUACAAUCAAAUGUUUGUGAACAAAGAAGAGCUGUCCUCGGAGUCUGUGAAGCAGUGGUACAAGGUAAACUGCCCCGAUGAACUUUCAAAGAUAAAGGUAAUUAAAGACAGAAUUUUUGAAUUGGGAAAUAAGGUGGGGCAGAGCAUUAUUUUUGUUCGCACAAGAAAUAGUGCAAGCAUGUUGCAUCAAGCACUUGUGGAACAUGGCUAUGAGGUGACUACCAUUCAAGGUGCUCUUAUGCAAGAUGACAGGGACAAGAUAAUCAAGGAAUUUAAAAAUGGAUUCAUUCAAGUUCUUAUUUCAACUGACCUCCUCGCCCGGGGUUUUGAUCAAGCAGAGGUUAAUCUGGUUGUCAAUUAUGAUCUUCCUGUGAAUUACGAAACUCCAUCGGAGCCUGACUAUGAGGUAUACUUGCAUCGGAUUAGCAGGGCAGGACGUUUCGGCCGCAAGGCAGCCGUAUUCAACUUGUUGUGCUUUGAUAGAGAUAUUAUGCUAAUGGAGAAGAUAGAGAAGCACUUUAACACCCAAGUGGACGAGGUCCGGUCCUGGAACAGCGAGGAGGAUUUUGAGGCUGCCUUAAAAAAAGCUGGUCUCUAUUAAAGAUUGUGUUAUUGGGAAGAUUAUUCUUCCAACCACGUGUGGUUAUUUGGUUAUCUGGUAAAUUAUCAGUCCCCAAAUCAAUCACCAGUUUUUGGAUGUUGGUUUUGGGUUUAAACAGAAUUAGUUUUUGGAUGUUGAUUUUGGGUUUAAACAGAUGAUUGAUCUUCUUCUUGUAUAUUGUGUGUUAUUGGGAAGAUUAUUCACAUGGUAAAUUAUCAGUCCUCAAAUCAAUCACCAGUUUUUGGAUGUUGAUUUUGGGUUUAAACGGAUGAUUGAUCUUUUUGUUGUAUAGAAAUUUGAAGUCGAUGUUAUAUAGUUUAUUUGUUGACUA